AUGGCCACCAGCAGGUCGGGUCUAGACGGCGACAUCGACAGCAGCCUCGAUGAUGAGGCCGAUGAGCAACCCAUACGUCUCAUGGCCGAAGAUUGCGAUGAAAUGUUUCACGAUUGCCUGGCACGCUCGGUCGUUUCUAAAGAGCAUCCACUGCCUUUGGAUGUUUUGUAUAUGAUGGGAGAAUACCAGCAACGCUUCAACGGGUGGUGCACAUUCCUUGGUGUCUUUGCCAACGAGAUCACUAACUUAGACUACCGGUUGCGAAACCAUGAAGCUCUCCAGGAUAUGGUGAUCAGAAUGUUGGAUAUGUUGAGGCAAAACCUGUUUCUAGUCACGAUCUACAAUCUACCAAGCGGGAAAGAAGAGCCAACCAACCCGAUGCCACCGCCAACUGUUCACGAGGCUCUUACCGGAGUCAAGGAGGCUAUUUCGCGGCUGAAUAAGAUUGGUGUUCUUAUCAGAUCCUCUUCCAAGUCUACCAUCACGGCACGAGCUCGCAGGUUUGCAUCACAAUAUCCGAAACUUGUACGACUAGCUGAGUUCGAGGACCGGUCACAUAUUGCACUUCAGUUUCUCUACCCGAACGCAUCACGGACGUUAAGAGAGCAGCUUGUCGACUCGAUGGGCGACAGAUAUGCGAAGCUCCGUUAUGAGGCUCUUCGGUUUAAAGCAAACUACACUUCUGGAGCGUCUGCUCGAGAUGUCCAAAUCGCUAUACAAAGAGAUGGUACAGAAAAUGCGCCUGGUAAAGUUCCAGACAGUCAAGUAUGGCACCCUUCCAAUGAGGAAGGUGACGAGGCCCAGGAAAAGAACCAAACGGCUCAUAUCGUGAUCCCAACUUCGUCGAUCGAUACCGCAGGUUUGCCCCUGAACUUAGAGGAAGCAGUAAGUAAAAGCGUCCGCCACUCAAGGACUGGCAAGACUUUGAUCGAGAACAAUGGCCGUCUGAGAGAACCAGAUCUGCCCAGCUUCCAAGAAGGCGAGAACAUCACAUCAUGUUUUUUCUCUCAAGGACGAACUGCUUAA